AUGCUCAACGCACCGGUGAUCGGCAUCGUCGAAAAUAUGGCGGCUUAUGUGUGCACCGAUUGUGGCAAGACUGAAAGACCUGUUCCCAUCGGGCACACGGAGGAGAUGGCACGCCAAUUUGACAUUCUUCUACUCGGCAAGAUACCUUCGAUCCGCGGAUACUCUAUUGCUGCUGCGGACGACGACGAAGGCAGCGUGUUUGUUGAUUCAGUACGGAGAGAUACUCCGCGAAGGACGACGUUUUUACGGCAUUACGAUGAUGUUGAAAUUCGGACGUUCUUUGAAUAG